CAGCAUGUCCAGCGCUUGUACGCUUGCACGUCGACCCUCGCAACCCCCGCCUGCCAUGCCCCAACGACAAGCAUACAAAGGUUACUCUCGAAAGCUCGUGAUUGCUUUCGACGUUGGCACUACAUAUAGUGGUGCCUCCUACUGUGUGUUGGACCCUGGCGAGGUGCCCACCAUCCAGGGUGUCAAUCGCUAUCCGGCCCAGGACCAUGUUGGAGGAGACUCCAAGAUUCCUUCAAUCUUGUACUAUGACGACGAAGGGAAAGUUCGAGCGAUAGGGGCUGAAGCCCUACAAGAGAGCGUCUUGGAGAACGCAGAAGAUGAGGACUGGCAGAAGGCAGAAUGGUGGAAGCUCCACCUCCGCCCAAAGAACAUAUCGUCUGAAGUCACCGAUGCGGAUCUCCCUCCGCUGCCUUUUGGCAAGACAGCUGUCGAGAUCCUCGGCGACUUCAUGAGGUACUUGUUCGAGUGCACUAGGAACUACAUCGAACAAACGCACGCCAAUGGGCCCGACUUGUGGGCCUCGCUCGAAGACAAGAUCGACUUUGUGCUAAGCCAUCCCAACGGGUGGGAGGGUCCGCAGCAGGCGCAGAUCCGAAAAGCGGCUGUGCUAGCCGGGUUGGUGGGCGAUAAGCCGCAAGAUCAGAGCCGAAUUCAGCUCGUCACCGAGGGCGAAGCCAGUUUGCAUUUUUGCCUGAACUCGAACCUGGCGGUCAGCGCGUUUCAUGACAACCAAGGCGUUAUCAUCGUCGACGCGGGAGGAGGGACGGUUGAUCUAAGUGCAUAUUAUAUGACGAACAACCUCGCCUCCUUCGAGGAAAUUGCCCCUACGGACUGUCGCCUCCAAGGAUCCAUCUUCGUCACUCGGCGUGCCGAGUCAUUCCUCCGAAUAAAACUUCAAGGGUCGAAGUUCGGCGACGAAUCUGACGUCAAGGAAAUGACGAAGAUAUUCGACAGCACAACAAAGCUUCGGUUCAGCAAUCCCUCCGAGCCUGCAUACAUCAAGUUCGGCACGAUCAGGGACAAGGAUCAAGACUUCGGUAUCCGGUCGGGUCAGCUGAAGCUCCCGGGCAUCGACGUCGCGAAGUUGUUCGAGCCGUCAAUCGAAGCCGUGAUCGAAGCGGUCAACCACCAGCGCCAGGCCGCGCGCAAACCGGUCCAUAGCGUCUUCCUCGUCGGCGGCUUCGCCGCGAGCGACUGGUUGUUCCUCAACCUCAAGGAGAGCCUCACACCACACGGGCUCGACUUCUGCAGGCCCGACAGCCACACAGGCAAGGCCGUCGCGGACGGCGCGGUCGCGUUCUACCUCGACCAUAGUGUCUCGGCGCGUAUGGCGCGCAUGACGUACGGCACGAGGUGCGCGAUCGAGUACAGGAAGGACGACCCGGAGCAUGUUGCGAGGGCGGGCACGGUUAUACCGCGGCCGUCGGGGAGGACGGUGUUGCCCAAUGUGUUCAGUACGGUUCUGAAGAAGGCCACGCAAGUAUCGGAGGACAGCGAGUUCCGCAAGGAGUUCAUCACGGAGAGCGCCUCAAAGUCGACCUUCGACAUGAUCUCCACAGAUAUUGUUUGCUACCGCGGCGACAACCCCUCCCCGCGAUGGAUCGACACCGAGCCCGAGAAAUACUCGAACCUAUGCACGGUCUACGCGGAUACGUCGCAGGUUGCCAAGACCGUCAGCCCCCGGAAAGGGUUCGGUGGCUUGCAGUUCUACAGGCAGGAGUUCAGCAUCGUGCUCAUGUUCGGACUCACGGAGCUUAAAGCGUAUAUCAGCUGGAUGGAGGAUGGCGUUGAACGCAGGGGUCCAGCGUCCAUGGUGUAUGACUCUGUUGUUGAAGAGCAGUAGUUGUAGUUAUUGCAUGUUGUCAUUAUCGCAAAUUGUCUUCGUGUACUUUCUUGUAAUUUCGCAUAUAUUCGUAUUAGCAUCGCAUUUCUUAC